AUGCCAGAAAACUCGAUUCGGAUUAACGGAUAUUGCAACGGUACUAAAGGUUUCAUGGAUAAUGAAAUUGAAGAAGGAAGUACAUUUUUAUUUACUUCGGAAAGCGUCGGUGAGGGUCAUCCUGAUAAAAUGUGUGACCAAAUAAGCGAUGCUAUAUUAGAUGCACAUUUAAAACAGGAUUCAGAUGCUAAAGUCGCUUGCGAAACUGUAACCAAAACUGGAAUGAUUUUAAUAUGCGGUGAAAUAUCAUCAAAAGCUGUUGUAGAUUAUCAAAAAGUUGUCAGAGAUACUGUCAGACAUAUUGGUUACGAUGAUUCCUCAAAAGGUUUUGAUUAUAAAACUUGUUCAGUUUUACUUAUGAUCGACGAACAAUCAUCAAACAUAGCUGCCGGAGUGCAUUUAAACAGAAACGAAGAAGAACUUGGCGCGGGGGACCAGGGUUUAAUGUUUGGAUAUGCGACAGACGAAACGGAAGAAUGCAUGCCGUUAACGGUUGUUUUAGCUCAUAAACUAAAUCAGAGAAUUGCCGAAUUGAGACGAAGCGGAGAAUUUUGGUGGGCACGUCCCGAUUCGAAAACUCAAGUAACGUGCGAGUACAUGUGCGAUCACGGAGCUUGCAUUCCGAGACGAGUUCACACGAUCGUCGUAUCCGUUCAGCAUUCGGAAAAGAUAUCCCUUGCGGAUUUGAGAACGGAAGUCAUGUCGAAAGUCGUCAAACACGUCAUACCGGAAAAAUACAUCGACGAGAAAACAAUUUUCCACAUAAAUCCGUGCGGAUUUUUUCUCAUCGGGGGACCACAAGGAGAUGCUGGACUGACCGGGCGAAAAAUAAUCGUUGACACGUACGGUGGUUGGGGAGCACACGGCGGAGGUGCAUUUUCCGGAAAGGAUUUUACAAAAGUUGACAGAUCUGCGGCGUACGCUGCCAGAUGGGUUGCCAAAAGUUUAGUUAAAGCUGGUCUUUGUAGAAGAUGUUUGGUUCAAGUGUCGUAUGCCAUCGGCGUAGCCGAACCCCUUUCAAUAACUCUCUUCGAUUACGGAACGUCGAGCCUUUCACAAAAGGAACUUUUAGACGUGGUGAAAAAAAAUUUCGACUUGCGUCCGGGGAGAAUAGUCAAAGACUUAAAUUUAAAAACUCCAUUUUACCAAAGGACUAGUACUUAUGGACAUUUCGGCCGAGAUGGUUUUCCAUGGGAACAACCGAAGUCUCUGAUUCACUGA